CCCUUUGUCUUCCUCCUUGGCAAACGCGCAAACAAGAGCGGAGGCGCAGACUCUGAGAUUAGAGUAGACACAGCUAUGGCGGAUACCAAAGCGGUCACGAUCCGUACGAGGAAGUUCAUGACCAACCGUCUUCUCUCGAGAAAGCAAUUCGUUAUCGAUGUCCUGCAUCCAGGAAGACCGAAUGUUUCCAAGGCGGAGUUGAAGGAGAAACUAGCAAGGUUGUAUGAAGUGAAGGAUCCAAAUUCCAUCUUUGUUUUCAAGUUCCGUACCCAUUUUGGAGGGGGCAAAUCCACUGGUUUUGGUUUGAUCUAUGAUUCUGUCGAGAAUGCAAAGAAGUAUGAGCCAAAGUACAGGCUGAUCAGGAAUGGACUGGAUACAAAGGUGGAAAAGUCAAGGAAGCAACUUAAGGAAAGGAAGAACAGAUCCAAGAAGAUCCGCGGAGUAAAGAAGACCAAGGCCGGUGAUGCUGCCAAGGCCGGGAAGAAGAAAUGAGCUUCUUCUACUUAGUUUGGUGUUUGCAUGUGUUCGCACCAUGUUUCUACAUCAACCUGUGUCUCAUUCCCCUUUUUCUUUUGUCUCACUGAAUAUAAAAAGUUUUGGAUAUUUUAAUUUUUACGUUUGAGUUGAGGCUAAUUUUCUGAUUUUUGUAGCAUUUUAUUUUUGGAUUUUCUUAUCCCCAUUAUAACGACUGCGUUUUUUGA